UUCCGGGGGGGACGAAUUCCGUGCUGGACCCGAUCACACGCUGUUGCUGCCAAGUCCGGUUUGUUGCACUGCAAGAUGCCGACUGAUACCAAACGUGUACGCGGCCCAGAAGUGUCCCAAAGUCCGUCUCUGUUUGUGGCCAAACCUGCGGCCGUCCUCCCGUCGCACGGCCCCAGAGCGGACGGUCGGCAGCGGGAUCAAGUGGACGUCCGGCCCGUUUUUGUUCGCUGCGGGCUGGUGAGCCAGGCUAAAGGGUCCGCGUACAUCGAGGCUGGGAACACCAAGUUGAUGUGCUGCGUCUAUGGCCCCAAAGAAACAGAGCGGAAAGAUGAGACCGAUAUGAAAUAUGGAAGAUUGACAACUGACAUGCGUUUCGCUCCAUUUUCCUGCCCGGAGAGAGGUUCCUGGAUUCAGGGGAGCCAGGACAAGGACCUCUCCCUGAUGCUACAUGAGAGUCUUCAGCCAGCAGUGUGCCUCCACAAAUACCCCCGCUCUCAGAUUGAGAUCAACGUGAUGGUUCUCGAGAACAGUGGUUCAGUUCUGGCCCAUGCAGUCACGUGUGCUUCUCUUGCUCUUGCAGAUGCAGGGAUCGAAAUGUAUGAUCUGGUGCUUGGUUGUUCCAUCCGCCAGGAUGGCUCCUCUUAUGUUGUUGAUCCUUCCUAUGCAGAGCAAAACAACUGCAGCUCAGUCAGCAGCGAGAACCAGGGCGGUCUGACUGUUGCGUUCCUCCCCAGCCUGAACCAGAUUUCUGGACUGCAGUCAGAUGGAGAAAUGACAGAAGAGACUCUGACAGCCGGGGUUCGGACCUGCAUCGAGGGAUGCUAUAAACUAUACCCAGUCAUCCAACAAGCCCUGGCCAGGGCUGUGAGCAAUGCUACUUUUCCUCCCUCAGAGAGCUGAGAGACUCAUUAAUUAAUAACUGCUCAGUUCAUAAUUUUUCUCAUUUACAAUUUUCAGCCCUUACUUUGACAACAUAACAUAUAUUUCUAUGUUUGUUAUUAUGUUUUUGAAAUGAUAAGAGUGAUUUAACUGUGUUUUCUUAUUAAAUAACUUAACAAUGUGCUUAUCUGGUAUCAUUUGUAUUUGAGCCUUGAAGCUUCUAAUUUGCUUGACACUGGAAAGUAAAAUACAGGGAAGAGCACAUGUUUUAGAUUAGAUUAAUGACAUCGCUCAACUGGGAUAGUUCCUGAAUGUAUUGUUGUGAUCUAAAAUACUAUGUGCAAAAAAACAAAAUAACCACAGUCUAUUGCAAAUGGACACACCUCAGAAUCAUCCCAGAUGAAAAUGGCCAACAAAAGGUCUCCAACAGAGCGAGGCUGUUGCUCUGUCAUUAGCUUUGCUGGAGGUUAAGGUUCAAAAAGGAGUUUAAACCUGGGUUAUCUGGAACAAAAUUACAUGGCCUCUGAAACCAAGCUGCUGUGUCCAGAAGCUUUAAAUUGUACCUGCGGUUUAGCCAGAACUCAGUCGCUGUGUCCCAAUAACCUUAAUGCCACCAGAGGUCACCCUAUCUUAGUGUUUUGUUAAAUCUGGUUUAGCAGAGGUUUAAGUGGGAUA